GGCCUGGCGCGCUGGUGCUGAUGCAGGAUGGCUGAACGCACGGGAACCCGGGAGGUCUGAGCCCCGCGAGGCUCGCUCCCUGCGCAUCGCCUUGUCCGCCCGCCGCGUGGUCGCGGGCCGGUGCGCCGGGGGCGCCGCGCGGGGCCGGGGAAGGCAGGUCUGCAGCCCGUCGGCCCGAAGGCUAAUAGGCUACCCUCAUACUGGGUCUCGGCAGCGACGGGUGCUGCCCAGCCCGCCGAGUUUGCGAUGACCUGCUGAGCAGCGCUGCCGGAGGCUGCGGGAGGUGGCUUCGCAGCGGUCGGUGCAGUUCGCGGCCUCCUCUUUCUUGGUGCACAGCCCCGACCCCCCACCCAUUCCCGCGCCCCCUCCCUGCUGCGGGUGGAGAUGGCGGAUCCAGCUGAAUGCAGCAUCAAAGUGAUGUGCCGGUUUCGGCCUCUCAAUGAAGCGGAGAUCCUCCGCGGGGACAAAUUCAUCCCCAAAUUUAAAGGCGAUGAGACCGUGGUGAUUGGGCAAGGGAAGCCAUAUGUCUUUGACAGAGUGCUGCCUCCCAGCACAACCCAAGAGCAGGUUUACAAUGCGUGUGCAAAGCAAAUUGUCAAAGAUGUCCUUGAAGGCUAUAAUGGGACAAUUUUUGCGUAUGGACAGACUUCAUCAGGAAAAACGCACACCAUGGAGGGGAAGCUGCAUGACCCUCAGCUCAUGGGGAUCAUCCCCAGGAUUGCACACGACAUCUUUGACCAUAUCUAUUCCAUGGAUGAAAACCUGGAGUUUCACAUCAAGGUUUCCUAUUUUGAGAUCUACUUGGACAAAAUCAGGGACCUACUUGAUGUAUCUAAGACAAACUUGGCUGUUCAUGAAGAUAAAAAUAGAGUCCCGUAUGUAAAGGGGUGCACCGAGCGGUUUGUGUCGAGCCCUGAGGAAGUCAUGGAUGUGAUAGAUGAAGGCAAAGCAAACCGCCAUGUGGCUGUAACAAACAUGAAUGAGCACAGCUCUAGAAGUCACAGUAUCUUCCUGAUUAAUAUUAAACAAGAGAAUGUAGAGACUGAAAAAAAACUCAGUGGGAAGCUUUAUCUAGUUGAUUUGGCUGGAAGCGAAAAGGUCAGCAAAACCGGUGCCGAGGGAGCUGUUCUCGACGAAGCUAAAAAUAUCAAUAAGUCUUUGUCUGCUCUUGGAAAUGUGAUCUCUGCUUUGGCAGAAGGGACAAAAACACACGUGCCAUACCGGGACAGCAAGAUGACUCGGAUUCUUCAGGACUCUCUGGGUGGGAACUGUAGAACCACCAUUGUUAUAUGUUGUUCUCCGUCUGUCUUCAAUGAAGCCGAGACUAAGUCAACGCUGAUGUUUGGGCAAAGAGCUAAGACUAUCAAGAACACAGUCUCUGUGAACCUGGAACUGACAGCAGAAGAGUGGAAGAAGAAAUACGAAAAAGAGAAAGAGAAAAAUAAGACUUUGAAGAAUGUUAUCCAGCAUCUGGAGUUGGAGUUAAACAGGUGGAGAAAUGGAGAAGCUGUGCCUGAAGAGGAACAAAUCAGUGCGAAGGACCAGAAGACCCUGGAGCCCUGUGAUAAUACCCCCAUCAUAGACAAUAUCACUCCUGUUGUUGCUGGCAUCUCUGCAGAGGAGAAGGAAAAGUAUGAUGAGGAGAUCUCCAGUCUCUACAGGCAAUUGGAUGAUAAGGAUGAUGAAAUUAACCAGCAGAGCCAGCUGGCUGAGAAACUAAAGCAACAGAUGUUGGAUCAGGAUGAGCUUUUAGCUUCUACGAGAAGAGACUAUGAGAAGAUCCAGGAGGAGCUGACGCGUCUCCAGAUUGAAAAUGAGGCAGCCAAAGAUGAAGUAAAGGAAGUCCUCCAGGCCCUGGAGGAAUUGGCUGUCAAUUAUGAUCAGAAGUCACAGGAGGUGGAGGAUAAAACCAGGGCCAAUGAGCAGCUGACAGAUGAACUGGCCCAGAAAACGACAACACUGACAACCACACAGAGAGAGCUGAACCAGCUACAAGAGCUUAGCAACCACCAGAAAAAGAGGGCCACUGAAAUCUUGAAUUUGCUAUUGAAGGAUCUGGGGGAGAUAGGUGGAAUUAUUGGCACCAAUGACGUGAAGACUUUGGCAGAUGUGAAUGGAGUGAUCGAAGAGGAAUUCACCAUGGCCCGCCUGUACAUCAGCAAGAUGAAGUCGGAGGUCAAGUCCCUGGUAAACCGCAGCAAGCAGCUAGAGAGCGCCCAGAUGGACUCCAACAGGAAGAUGAACGCCAGUGAGCGGGAGCUGGCGGCCUGCCAGCUGCUCAUCUCCCAGCAUGAAGCCAAGAUCAAAUCGCUGACAGACUACAUGCAGAACAUGGAACAAAAGAGGAGGCAGCUGGAAGAGUCCCAGGACUCACUCAGCGAAGAGCUGGCCAAGCUCCGGGCCCAAGAAAAAAUGCAUGAAGUCAGCUUCCAGGAUAAGGAGAAGGAACACCUGACGCGACUGCAGGAUGCUGAGGAAAUGAAGAAGGCACUGGAGCAGCAGAUGGAGAGCCACCGGGAAGCUCACCAGAAGCAGCUGUCCAGACUUCGAGAUGAAAUUGAGGAGAAGCAGAAAAUCAUUGAUGAGAUUCGGGAUUUGAAUCAGAAACUGCAACUGGAACAGGAGAAGCUCAGUUCUGAUUAUAACAAGCUGAAAAUAGAGGACCAAGAGAGAGAAAUGAAACUGGAAAAGCUCUUGUUGCUCAAUGAUAAGAGAGAACAAGCCCGAGAGGACCUCAAAGGGCUGGAGGAGACCGUGUCUCGAGAACUGCAGACUCUGCACAACCUCCGUAAACUCUUCGUUCAGGAUCUGACUGCCCGGGUCAAAAAGAGCGUGGAGCUGGACAGUGAUGAUGGAGGAGGCAGUGCUGCCCAGAAGCAGAAAAUUUCUUUCCUGGAGAAUAAUCUGGAGCAGCUCACUAAAGUUCACAAACAGCUGGUCCGGGACAAUGCAGACCUGCGCUGUGAGCUGCCCAAGCUUGAGAAGCGGCUGCGUGCCACAGCGGAGAGGGUCAAGGCCCUGGAGAGUGCGCUGAAGGAGGCCAAGGAAAAUGCCAUGCGGGACCGCAAACGCUACCAGCAGGAGGUGGAUCGCAUCAAGGAGGCUGUGAGAGCCAAGAACAUGGCCAGGAGGGCUCAUUCUGCCCAGAUCGCCAAGCCUAUCCGCCCUGGACACUAUCCGGCAUCAUCGCCAACAGCCGUCCACGCCAUCCGAGGGGGAGGAGGCAGCUCUUCAAACUCCACUCACUACCAGAAAUAAAUACAAAAAAUAUGCACGGUUGCUUAUCAAGAUUACUACAUAAAUCAGAUAUGACUCUACGUAGCAUGUCAAGGACUACAUUAAUCACCAAUUCCUCUAUUUUUUCCCUCCUACACAACCCCCAUUUUCUUUUACACUCGCUUACCCGAGCCAUCUGCAGUACACCGGUUUCAGAUAUUGAGCUGUGUAGAAUUUCUGUGUGUACAGAUGUGUGCUUGGACUUUUCUCUUCCUGAGAAAAUGAAGGGGAUGAGUAAGAAGAUCGCGGGAACCAUCACCACUGAUCUGGCUUCAGGGCUUUGCGUGGUCUCUGGGUGCUCCUGCCUCUGCCCCCCAGUGCCCUACCAUGCCAUUCCCUGGAGGGAACCACCAAGAGUGGGGGCGACCGGGGACCUCAUGCUCCGCCAUGGCUCUCUGGUUUCCUGUAAAAGAAACACGUCGUUACUUUAUAUUUUUAGGGAACAAAAAAACGUGCUGCUAUAGGGUUUAAAUUUUUCAUUCUGAACACUUUUCCAAAACAAAUUACCCCAAGGAAGCAUUUUGAAUAUCCCAGUCACAUCUUUGGAUCUGUAAAAUAGACCUUUUAGUAUGGCACCCGUUAAUAUGCAAAGCAAAUUUCUUCAAUGCAGAGAAACAAUCUCGACAGUAGCAAUGUAGAAUUUGUUCAUUCAAACGCAUCUACAUGAAUGCAAAAAGUUAUAAAAUUCACCUCUGAGUGCUUGCUAUUGAACCUGCAGCAACUAAUCUCAGCCAGCCCAGUCUGAACAUCAUUCUUUCAGCUGUGUUGAAAAUGCCGCCAAGUUGGAAAAGUGAAAGUGAGGCUGCCAUCUCCUCGCUUUCUCCACCCCAACUCUUCUGGAGCUUGUAUUGGGGUUGGCCUCUUUCUCUGGGGAUCCAUCUUAAGCCUUGAAGGGGGUAUUGUUGGCAAAAUCUAGGAUCUUUCCAUCAAUUGACAAUGGAAACCCUGGGGGGAAGUAAUUGAAAACUUUCUGUGCCUAUGAAUAAGUUGCCAUAAAUAAGUUAUUUAAACCCAUCAUGCCAGACUGAGUUCUGUGGCAUCAAAUAGAUAAGUUUCCUUUUCUUAGGCAGAAUUAGAAAAAAAUCAGUGUGGAUGGAUUUUUACAUUUAGCUAUUGCUUUUUUCAAAACCAUGCAUCUAAAGCUAAAUCAACCCUUACUUCCAGUUGUACAUGUUAAAAUGAUUGAUUUUCAAGUAGUAAAGUUUUCAGGGAAACUGACAAGGGUUCAAUUAAGUUGGUCUUGUGUGCUGCUACUUGUGACAAAUUUGAGGUAAGUCAGUGACAACCAAACCAGUGAAAGCACCCAUCUUAUCAUUGUGUUUGCCCAAGAUGAGUGAGCUGGCACUGUUCCUGCUGCUGUCAAUGCUGGAAUGAAAUGCAUGCCAGGGGAGACUGGGCUUCUUCCUUGUGGCUGUGUGGAUCAAAGGUAGUUCAAGAACAUAUGUGUGAGAGAGGAUAAAGGGACAAAGUGGUAAGGACUGUGAAUUGACUUCCAGACUCUUGUAUAAAAUUUUCCCAACAAAGCAAAGCUGCUUGACUUAAUUUAUUUGUUAAAUGUUGCACUUUUUAAAAAAUGUGUGUGUUUUACUUUGGGGGAGCGAGGAGUAAGAGAGAGAGAGAGAGAGAGAGAGAAUGAAUUUUAUCGAAGUAUUUAUUUCGUAUGACAAUUUUACAUUUGUUUACAUUUUAAAAAUUCUUCUGUUUGAUAUUCUUGCAUUGUGGCCAGUACCUACCCAAUAUACAACACCUCAGUUGUUACUUUGAUUCUGCUAGAAGGAUCCUCAUAGAGCAGAUUUUGCAAACCUUAUCAGAUAAUGACAUAUGCCAUAGAUUAUAACCUUGCUGUUAACAUAUUUGCCUCUUGAAUUUAGAAUCGGGAACACUGGUCCUUGAGAGGAUUGCCAGUUAAUAAUUGUUGUGCCACAGUUGUCCUUUAUAUAACUAUAUCACUUUGUUUUGAAAUUGAACAAAGGUUAAUGACUUUUCCUUCUUUCUCUCUCUCUCUCU